GACGCCAGCGUCUAUUUGAUAGACUUGCCGGCGGAUCUCAAGGCACGUCGCGUGCACCCGAGAUUUCAUAUUACGAAGCUUCGGCCGCACGUGCCGAAUGACGACGCAUUGUUCCCCGGGCGCGAGCCCGCUAACUUUUAUGACUUCGGGCAAGCCGAAGACUUAGAAUAUGAAGUAGAGGAAAUUGUUACCCAUGAGUGGCACGGAAAUGAAGCACUAUUCCUCGUCCGAUGGACGUUGGGCGAUAGCUCA